GCGCGCGCGGGCACGAGGAGAGACCUGCCGCCAUGGAGAUCUAUUACAUGUACACGAAGCUCCGCAACGAGUUCGGGCGGGACGCGCAGUUCGACGACUCCGCGAGCGAGGUCAUCUCCGACAUCCGCCCGGAGCCGGAGCUGCAGGAGGACUACAUCGAGCGCAACCCGGUCACGACGACGGUGCAGUGCGUCCCGGAGCAGUCCGAGCACGAGGCGAACACGCAGCAGAUCAUAUACACGAACCGCGGGUUCGCGCACAAGGAGGGCGGGUGGCCGAAAGAGGUGGACUGCACGGAGAUGGAGCACGUGAUUCGAUUCCGCAAAAAGAUUGAAAAAGACGAGGACUACAUCAAGACGAUCGCGUCCCGCGCCGGCGAGGUCGAGGAGCUGAUCAAACAAAACAACGCGAUCGACAUCUACGAGGAGUACUUCGCCGGCGACGCCGCGGACCACAGCAGCGAGCAGCCGUACGCGAAGACGUUGACGGUGUUUCGAGACCCGUCCGCGAUCAAGCGAAGCGCGUCGUACAUCAGCUGGAACCCCGACGUCAACAACCGGAAGUGCGCCAUCGCGUACUCGAUCUUAGGGUUCCAAGCGCAGCCGGAGGGGAUGAGCAAGAGCUCGUACAUAUGGGACGUGAACACGCCGAACAAGCCCGACUUUGAGCUGCGAGGGCCGAGCCAGCUGUGCUGCGUGAAUUACAAUCCGAAGGACACCAACGUGCUCUCGUGCGGAAUGUACAACGGACAGGUGGGGUACUUUGACGUCCGCAAAGGGCACACCCCCGUGGACACGAGCCCGAUCGAGAAGUCGCACCGGGACCCGGUGUACGACAUGGCGUGGCUGCAGAGCAAGACGGGCACGGAGACGUUCUCCGUCUCCACGGACGGGUACGUGUACUGGUGGGACACGCGUCGGCUGGGCGAGCCCGUGGAGGAGCUGCAACUGAAGGAGAAAAACGGGGACACCAUCUUGGGCGCGGUGUCGCUGGAGUACGAGUCCAUCGCGGGGCCGACGAAGUUUAUGAUCGGCACGGAGCAAGGGACGGUGCUUAUGUGCAACAGGAAGGCGAAGAACCCGCAAGACCGCGUCGGCACGGCGUAUCACGGCCACCACGGCCCGGUGUACUCGUUGGAGAGGAACCCGUUUUUCCCCAAGUACUUCAUGUCCAUCGGGGACUGGGCCGCGCGGGUGUGGAUGGAGGAUCUGAAGACGCCGAUCAUGACGAGCCGGUAUCACGCGAGCUACCUCACCGGCGGGACGUGGUCGCCGACGCGGCCGGGCGUGUUCUUCGCGAUCAAGAUGGACGGCGAGCUCGACGUGUGGGAUUACUACUACAAACAAAACGACCCGACGCUGAGCGUCAAGGUCACGGAUCAGCCGCUGACGUCGUUCAACAUUCAGGACACCGGGAGGCUCGUCACCGUCGGCGCGAGCGACGGCAGCGCGACGCUCUUGGAGCUGUGCGAAGGGCUCGCGACGAUGCAGCCGAACGAGAAGCAGAGCAUCUCGCAGAUGUUUGACCGCGAGACGAAGCGCGAGAAGAAUUUGGAGGCGCGCGCGAAGGAGUUGCGAAACGCGGCGAAGCGGGCGAACCGAGGGAACGAGGAGUACGAGGGCCCGGACGAUCACGAGAUGGAGGUUUUGGAGAAGGAGUUCCUCGCCGCGACGGUGAAGAGCGGGGUGACGUUCGACGAGGUGUCGCCGCUGGACGCGCCGACGCGAGAUUGAGCGUAGGUAGACUCGACGCGGGAUCGAUUCGAAUCGUUUCGAUUCGAUCGCGACGACGACGUCUUCGCGGAGGGCGGGGGGGUCACAUCAUAGCACGUAGCGAGGGGAGGCGAACACGGGGCGGUAUCCCAGUCGAGGAGCGGCGACAGGACUGAUGUAAUCGUGAACGUUCGUUUCAGUUUCACCUUUGACGACGAACAGAACGCGCGGCGACGCGACGCGUCUCCUCUCUUCAUCCGUCGCGCGGCAUCGCGUCUCAGGGUCGUUCUAUACAAGCGAAUGUCGGGGUGGAGUUGAAAGGCGUCAGUUGGAGUUGAAAGGCGCCGAGGGCGGGGAUUCAAAGCGAGGGGCGGGCGGAGAGAUACGACGGGAAAAGUCCUUAAGGAUCGGCGUUCACAACGCCGACGCGGUCGUAUGGGGACCAGUGUAUAGAACGCACCUCAUCUC